AUGCGUCAAAAGAGGGCUAAGUCAUAUAGGAAACAACUUCUUGUUUACAGUCACACAUUUAAGUUCCGUGAGCCAUAUCAAGUUUUGGUUGAUAAUCAGCUUGUUUUAGAAUGUAAUAAUUCUAAUUUUAAUCUACCGAGUGGGUUGAAAAGAACGUUGCAAGCAGACGUAAAGGUCAUGAUCACACAGUGUUGCAUACAAGCGUUAUAUGAAACUAGAAAUGAUGGUGCAAUUAAUUUAGCGAAACAAUUUGAGAGACGUCGUUGUAACCACUCUUUUAAAGAUCCAAAGUCACCUGCGGAGUGCAUCGAAAGCGUCGUUAAUAUUAGCGGUGCAAAUAAACACAGGUAUGUGGUUGCUUCUCAGGACAUAGAUUUGAGGAGGAAGCUGAGGACGGUUCCGGGUGUUCCAUUAAUCCAUUUAACCAGGUCUGUUAUGGUUAUGGAACCUCUCAGUACGGCGAGUGCCAAGGCAAGCAAGAUUACUGAAGAACAAAAAUUGUAUAAGGGUCUCAAUGAUCCUAAUAUUGAAAAACUUCAAGAAAGUGGUGAUGGAUCAGGAAAGGAAUCUAUCACUAAGAAAAGAAAGCUUGGUCCAAAGGCUCCUAAUCCUUUGAGCGUAAAGAAGAAGAAGAAAGUCAACUCGCCCAGCGAUGAGGUGAAAGACAAAGAAGAUACUUCUAAAGAAAAGAAAAAAAGAAGAAGAAGGAAACACAAAAGCAACACUAACGUCCCCGUUUCAAAUGGGACCACAGCCGCGCAGUAA